GGGGGGUUCUGGGAGCAAACAAAGUUCCCGGCGCAGCAGCAGCUGGGAGCACUCGUAGCCCGGACGCUGCCUGUCCUGCCAGCUCUUGCUCGCUUGGUCGGAGGGAAGCAGACGCGCGGUUAGCGCCAGCCCCGUCCAGAGCCUCAGCCCCGUCCUGUCUCACCUACAGACAAAGGGGAAGUCCCGGGGGCCAACACAGCAGCAGGAGGAACAGCAACAGCUUGUACAAAAAGUUGCUGAGAGCUCGCCUGCAAAGGGCGCAGCUGGAGCCGCUUCCUACUCCCGAAGGACGCGGCGAGAGGGCGGAGGAAGGUGUUCCGGAGGUGGGAAGAUUAAGCAGGAAUUCUUCAGCUGGAAAAGUUUUUUUUUUUUUUAAAAUCGAGUGAGUGUUUUGCAUCCGUUGCCGCUUGUUUGGGGCGACUUCUGCAGCCGCUUGCCCCGGCUCCGGCGGUGGGGAGGCCAGGCGGGCGCAGGGGAGAGGCGCUGCCGCCCGGGGCGCUUCACGUUAAGCUGGAGCUCUCCGGCCCCGGGGUGCAGCGGGGCCGGCCACGCAGCGCCGUAGGUGAGCUGGUAUUGUUGCUGAACUAAUCCUGUACAUAGAAACUGUUUUUGGAAGAGUUUAGAUUAUACCAGAGAAGAUUUUCAAGACUGUUAAAGAAUGGCCACGGUUUCAGAUCAAGAGGAAGGACCUGGUGGAGAACACAAUGAAUUCAGUGAUAUCAUUAAGUCCAGAUCUGAUGAACACAAUGAUGUACAGAAGAAGACCUUUACAAAAUGGAUUAAUGCUCGCUUUUCCAAGAGCGGGAAGCCACCAAUUAAGGAUAUGUUCACAGAACUCAAGGAUGGAAGGAAGCUCUUGGAUCUUCUAGAAGGACUCACAGGAAAUCCAUUGCCCAAAGAACGUGGUUCCACAAGAGUACAUGCCCUAAAUAAUGUCAACAGAGUACUGCAAGUUUUACAUCAGAACAGUGUGGAAUUGGUGAAUAUAGGAGGGACUGACAUUGUUGAUGGAAAUCACAAACUGACACUGGGAUUACUGUGGAGUAUCAUCUUGCACUGGCAGGUGAAAGAUGUCAUGAAGGACAUCAUGUCAAACUUGCAGCAGACAAACAGUGAGAAAAUCCUACUGAGCUGGGUUCGGCAAUCCACAAGGCCUUACAGUCAGGUCAAUGUUCUGAACUUUACUACAAGCUGGACCGAUGGACUUGCCUUUAAUGCUGUGAUCCACAGACACAAACCUGAGCUCUUCAGUUGGGAUAAAGUUUUGAAGUUGACCCCAACGCAGAGACUAGAACAUGCUUUUACCAUAGCCAAAAACCACCUGGGAAUAGAAAAAUUGUUAGAUCCUGAAGAUGUUGCUGUACAGCUGCCUGACAAGAAAUCUAUCAUCAUGUAUUUGACCUCUUUGUUUGAGGUUCUUCCUCAGCAAGUCACCAUGGAAGACAUCCGCGAGGUGGAGACUCUUCCAAGGCGAUACAAAAAGGAAUGUGAAGAAGGAGCGUUUAAUAUACAGCAAAGUGCAACACCUGAAGAGGAGCAUGAAGGUUCUAGAGCAGAAACCCCUAGCACUGUGACUGAGGUGGAUAUGGACUUGGACAGCUACCAAGAAGCUCUGGAAGAGGUCCUCACGUGGUUGCUUUCAGCUGAAGAUACAUAUCAGCAGGAUAACAUAUCUGGUGAUGUUGAAGAAGUCAAGGAGCAGUUUGCUACCCAUGAAGCUUUUAUGAUGGAGCUAACUGCGCACCAGAGUAGUGUGGGUAGUGUACUGCAGGCUGGGAACCAAUUGAUAGCACAGGGCAAUCUAUCAGAGGAAGAGGAGGAAGAGAUCCAGGAACAAAUGAAACUGCUAAACUCUCGAUGGGAAGCUCUCAGAGUGGACAGUAUGGACAGGCAAGCUCGCCUGCAUGAUGUGUUGAUGGAACUGCAGAAGAAGCAAUUGCAGCAGUUGUCUGACUGGCUGACUGUCACAGAAGUGCGCAUUCAAAAGAUGGAAUCUCAGGCCUUAGCUGAAGAUUUAGAGUCGCUUCAAAAACAGAUGGAAGUACAUAAAGGGCUGCAGGAUGAUCUUGAGAUAGAGCAGGUUAAGGUAAACUCACUGACCCACAUGGUGGUGAUUGUAGAUGAAAACAAUGGUGAGAGUACCACAGCUGUACUAGAGGAACAACUGCAGAGACUUGGCGAGCGUUGGACAGCAGUUUGUCAUUGGACUGAGGAACGUUGGAUGAAGCUGCAAGACAUACAGAUACUGUGGCAGGAGUUGGUAGAAGAGCAGUGCUUGUUGAAAGCUUGGUUAACUGACAAAGAGGAGAUUUUAAAUAAAGUCCAAACAAGGAACUUCAGAGAUCAAACAGAGCUGAGUGUGAAUGUUCGAAAACUGGCAAUUUUGAAGGAAGAUAUGGGAAUGAAGCGUCAAAUGCUAGAUCAGUUAAGUGAGGUUGGUCAGGAUGUGGCACAGCUCCUUGGGAAUAACAGGGCUUCAAAGAAAAUUGACAGUGAUCUGGAAGAACUAACUCAGAGGUGGGACAGCUUAGUUCAGAAGCUUGAGGACUUCUCUAAUCAGGUAACACAGGCUGUGGGAAAUAUAGGAGUGUCCCAAGUGUCACAGAAGACAGAUACAGAAAUGAUUUCUGUAAAGGAGCAGCUAAUGGUAAAACAAUACAGACAGGAACUACCACCACCUCCACCACCAAAGAAAAGGCAGAUACCCAUGGAUAUUGGAGCAAAAAAAAGGUUUGAUUCUGAAAAUGCUGAGCUAUUGAACUGGAUUUUGAAAUCAAAAGCUGCCAUUCAGGCCAUGGAGAUCAAAGAAUACAAGAAGAUGAGAGAGACUGCAAACAUGAAAGAAAAGUUUAAGGCCCUAAAAAAUGAAAUGGCCGAGAAAAGCCAGAGGUUAGAUGAUCUGAGCCAAAGUGGACAGAAUCUGUUGGCUCAAAUGGGAAAAGAGGGACUUUUUACUGAGGAUGUGAAAAAUGCCCUGGAGAAGAUACUGACAGAGUGGAAAGAGGUGAUAAUGCACCUAGAGGAAUUGGCAAGAAAGAUACAAUACCAGGAUGAAAUAAACACAUACUUUAGGAAAAUGGGUGAACUUGAGAAGAUUGUAAAUGAGAAGGAGGUGUGGCUAAAAAAUGCCACUUCAGCAUCGCAACAGCCACCUUUAACAAACCUAAAAGAGUCAUGUGAGCGGGAGCUCACUCAUCUGUUGAGUCUGUGCCCUCAAAUAGAACAUCAGACUGCUACCUGUAAGGGGCUCACAUCCCAACCUGAUGCUCCAAAUUUCAUCCAAGACAGCUUGAGCAGUAUUACUGGUUGCUUCAGAACUGUCCGACGCAAAUUGGAAGAACGACAGCAGCAGCUGAAGAAAGAGUUAGAAUGCCAGCCUAGCCAGGAUUACUUGGACACUUUGAAGAGAGUGAAGGAUACAUUGAAUGAAUUGGAGAGUAAAGUACAAUCCAUCAUGAGCGCUGUGAGUGACCCUAGUAAGGUUGAGAGAGCCUUGCAGCAGACAAAGACUGUAUGUAAAACAAUAGAAGACCAGAAACCCAUAAUAGAUAAACUUGCUGCAGAAACAAGAGCUUUGGAAAAACAUGCUUCCUCUGAUAUAGCAAAGAUCUACAAGCAAGAGUUCAAGUGUAUACAUGAGCAAUGGGACAAGUUUUCUAAAGAUGUUCACCUACUGGAGGAAAUUGUCUCUAAACUGAGAAUAUUUGAGGCUGAUUCAGAAAUCAUUCACAAGUGGAUGGAUGGUGUGAAGGACUUCUUAAUGAAAGAACAGGCUAUCCAAGGAGAUUCUGAAGGGCUUCAAAAACAGCUUGACCAAUGCACAAUGUUUGUUAAUGAAAUGGAAAAGACUGAGCUAUCUUUGAAAGAGAUGAAAGAAGUAGAGUCCAGUUUAAGAAGCCAGCCUCUUGUAGGAGUUGAUACCUGGAUAAAAUCUAGGCUAUUAGACUGCCAGGCACAAUGGGAGAAACUGAGCAAACAGAUUGUUAGUCAGAAAAAUCGGUUGUUUGAAAGUCAGGAAAAAACUGUAAACUUGAAGAAGGAUUUGGCAGAGAUGCAAGAAUGGAUGACACAGGCUGAAGAGGAGUACUUGGAGAGAGAUUUUGAGUACAAAUCUCCAGAAGAACUAGAGAAUGCUGUAGAGGAAAUGAAGAGAGCGAAAGAGGAUGUGUUGCAGAAAGAAGUGCGCGUGAAGAUUUUGAAAGACAAUAUCAAGGUGUUAGCUGCAAAAGUGCCAUCUGGUGGUCAGCACUUGACAUCCGAACUUAACAUUGUGUUAGAGAACUACCAACUACUGUGUAAUCGGAUCCGGGGGAAAUGCCACACUUUAGAGGAGGUAUGGUCCUGUUGGGUUGAGCUGCUUCAGUAUCUAGACCUAGAAACUGCUUGGCUAAACUCUUUGGAGGAAAGGGUACAAAGCACAGAAAAUAUGCCUGAUAAAUUGAAUGCUGUCAAUGAAGCUCUUGAGUCCCUGGAAUCUGUCCUGCGUCAUCCAGCUGAUAAUAGAACCCAGAUUCGGGAGCUUGGUCAGACGUUGAUUGAUGGAGGGAUUCUUGAUGACAUCAUCAGUGAAAAAUUGGAGGCUUUCAAUGCCCGCUAUGAAGAAUUAAGUCACUUGGCAGUGAGCAGGCAGAUUGCCUUGGAACAGCAGCUUCAGACCAUGCGGGAAAAUGACCACAUGCUGCAGGUCUUGCAGGAAAACUUAGCAGAGCUGGAUAGACAGUUGACCUCAUACUUGACUGAUAGAAUAGAUGCCUUCCAGAUGCCACAGGAGGCCCAGAAAAUUCAAGCAGAAAUCACAGUUCAUGAAUCCACCUUGGAGGAGCUAAAGAAAAAUGCACGGUCACUGCCUCCAGCUUCUGCUGAAUGCAGGUCCCCUCGUGGUGGAACUCAGCUGGAUGCCCUGCAGAGGAAACUCCGGGAGGUAUCCACAAAGUAUCAACUUUUCCAGAAACCUGCCAAUUUUGAGCAGCGCAUGUUGGACUGUAAGCGGGUACUGGAUAGUGUCAAGGCAGAACUCCAUGUUUUGGAUGUAAAGGAUACUGAUCCCGAUGUAAUCCAGGGUCACUUGGACAAGUGUAUGAAACUGUAUAAAACUCUAAGUGAAGUGAAGCUUGAAGUGGAGACUGUAAUCAAGACAGGAAGACAAAUUGUACAGAAACAGCAAACAGACAAUCCCAAAGGAAUGGAUGAACAGCUCACAGCGCUAAAAUUUCUUUAUAAUGAUCUGGGUGCACAGGUGACUGAAGGGAAACAAGACCUGGAACGUGCAUUGCAGCUGGCGUGCAAAAUGAAGAAAGAAACUGCCUCUUUGUCAGAAUGGCUAGCCCUUACAGAGACUGAAUUAGUACAGAAGUCCACUUCAGAGAGUUUGCUUGCUGAUCUCGACACAGAAAUUGGCUGGGCUAAAAAUGUACUCAGAGAGCUGGAAAGAAGGAAAGCUGAUCUGAACACCAUCACAGAGAGCAGUGCAGCGCUCCAGGCCUUGGUGGAAGGCAGUGAGAUUUCCCUGGAGGAGAAGCUCUGUGUUCUUAAUGCAGGUUGGAGUCGAGUUCGAACCUGGACUGAAGACUGGUGCAACACCUUGUUGAAUCAUCAGAGCCAGCUGGAGAUCUUUGAUGAGAAUGUUGCCCACAUAAGUACUUGGCUCUAUCAAGCUGAAGCCCUGCUGGAUGAGACUGAGAAAAAGCCAGCGAGCAAAAAGGAAGAAACAGUGAAGCGUUUGACAUCAGAAUUGGAUGGUGUGAGUCUCCGAGUGGAUAACGUGCGGGACCAAGCCGUUAUCUUAAUGAACAGUCGUGGCCUGUCAUGCCGUGAACUUGUAGAACCAAAGCUGUCUGAACUGAACCGGAACUUUGAGAAAGUAUCACAGCACAUCAAAAGUGCUAAGAUACUUGUUGGUCAAGAACCAUUGCCUUAUACAUUUCCUGUUGAGCCAGAACCCCAGGAACCUGGAGUGGCUUCUGCAGACCUUGACAAAUUUGAGAGUGAUUUACAAAACAUGUUAAAAGUUGUGGAAAAGCACAUGGAAUCAAGUGAUGAAGAUGAAAAGAUGGAUGAGGAGAGAGCGCAGAUUGAGGAGGUUUUACAGAGUGGAGAGCAAUUGUUACAGCGGCCCAUGGAGGACAACAAGAGGGAGAAGAUCCGCUUGCAGCUGUUGCUUCUGCAGACGAGGCACAACAAUGUAAAGGAACUGAAGUCUUUUCAAAGGAGGCAGGUGGUGGAGCUCUCCCCUGCGUUUUCACAAUAUAAGAGAGAAAAGGACAGUCUGUUGAACUGGCUGAAUGAGACAGAACGUCGUCUGUCAGGACUGCAAGGAGAGGAAGAUGAACAAAAACUACAGGAACUGCUUCAGGAGCUUGAACAGCACCGUGAGGAAUUCACUGCUUUGCAGAAGAAGAGCAGCAACCUGUCCCAAUAUGGCCCAGUUGGGGAAGCAGAGCACACCAGUGUGCGUCAGCGCUGGCAACAAGUUGAAACCCAGUUUGCUGCAUGUCAACAGAUGCAGUUCAAACCCCAGGCAAUCCCAGUCCUGAGGUUAAAAGGCAACUAUCCAUCAGGAAUUAGGGCCUCUCCCUUCCCUACUGAAUACCUUGUUGAAAUUAACAGAGUGUUGCUGGCCAUGGCUGAUGUUGAACUGUUACUGAAUGCACCAGAGCUAAACACUGGUGUCUAUGAGGACUUCUCUACGCAGGAAGAUUCAUUGAAGAAUAUAAAAGAUGUUUUGGACAAACUUGGGGACCAGAUUGCAGUCAUUCAUGAGAAACAACCUGAUGUUAUCCUGGAAGCAUCUGGACCUGAAGCAAUUCAAAUAGGAGAUGCACUAACACAGCUGAAUGCAGAGUGGGACAGAAUUAAUAGGAUGUACAAUGAUCAGAAGUGUUGUUUUGACAGAGCAGUUGAAGACUGGAGGCAGUUCCAUUGUGAUCUCAAUGACCUCACACAGUGGAUAACAGAAGCUGAAGGUUUACUGGCUGAUGCCCAUGCUCCAGAUGGUAGCUUGGAUUUGGAGACCGCUGAGAUGCAUCAGCAGGAACUAGAAGAAGGAGUCAGCAGUCAUCAGACCAGCUUUUCAACACUGAACAGAACUGGGGAAGGAAUCAUACAGAAACUCUCCACUACAGAUGGGAGCUUUCUGCACGAAAAACUGGCGGGGUUAAAUAAACGCUGGAAAGCAAUUACUGCUGAGAUCAUGGAUAGACAACAGAGACUGAAAGGAGAGAAUCAGCAGCUAAUGGACUACAAGAAGAAGCUGGAUGAGUUUGGUUGCUGGUUGGAAAAUGUAGAAAAUUCCCUGGAAAUGAGACCUACAUUCAACCAUGAAGAAAACCUGCGAGAAUUAAAGGUCUUAACUGAGGAAAUGGAAGUACAAGGAGAAAAACUGAAAUGGUUGAACAGAACUGAAUCUGAGGUACUUUCAGAUAAAAUCGUUGGUUUUCAGGAAAAAGAGAGAAUUUCUGACACCUUAAGGGCUAUCAAUAUGAAGUGGAACAAGUUGUUCAAAGAGGUACCUGACAGAGUGAGAGAACUCGAGGCAUAUAUUCAGCAGCUCCAUCUUGUGACACAGGCAAAGCCUUCUGCUUAUCCUGCUGUCCAAAAUGUGGUGCUAGUAUCCUCUCCCUUUGAAGCUCCUGUACAGACUCAGCAGGCUUUGGAAUAUUCUGCACCUGCUGAUCUGGAUAAAACUACAACUGAACUGGCUGAUUGGCUGGUGUUGAUUGACCAGAUGCUCAAGUCAAACAUAGUCACUGUGGGAAAUGCAGAAGAGAUCAAUCGGACAAUUGCACGAAUGAAAAUAACAAAAGAGGAUUUAGAACAGCGCCAUCCUCAGCUGGAUUCUGUUUUUACUUUGGCUCAAAAUUUGAAAAAUAAAACUUCCAGUUCAGAUGUUAGGACAGUGAUUACAGAGAAAUUAGAGAAGGUCAAGAACCAGUGGGACAAUACUCAGCAUGGUGUGGAAGUACGGCAGCAGCAGCUAAAAUACAUGCUUUCUGACAGCAUGCAAUGGGAUCAGCACAGGCAAGAAAUGGAACAGCUCAUAGAACAGUGUGAUAUCCAUCUGCACAUGCUUCUGCAGGCUCCUAAAGAGACACUUAUCAAACAGAUCUCUGAAAGCAAACUGCUAAUACAAGAACUGCGUAAAGGGGACAUAACUGUGGCUGCAUUCAAUAACCUCUCUAAUAAACUUCUUCUGGACUACAGUGAUGAUGACACAAGGAAGGUGAAAGAAAUCACUGACCACUUAAACACAUCUUGGAUAAACCUGAACCAAAGAGUUGGUGAUAGGCAGAAUGCCUUGGAGGUUGAACUGAAGAUAGUGCAAGCCUUACUCAAGGAUCUAGAGAGCUUCUUCAAAUGGAUGCAAGAGGCAGAAACUACAGUUAAUGUCCUUGCGGAUGCAUCCCAGCGGGAGAAUGCUCUGGAGGACAGUGCUUGUAUUGGGGAACUGAAAAAACAGAUGCAGGACAUCCAGGCUGAGAUUGAUGCCCACAAUGACAUCUUCAAGAGCAUUGAUGGAAACAGACAGAAAAUGGUAAAAGCCUUGGGAAACUCUGAGGAGGCGGCAUUGCUCCAGCACCGAAUUGAUGACAUGAACCAGCGCUGGAAUGACCUGAAAGCAAAGUCAGCUGGCAUCAGGGCCCACCUGGAGGCAAGUGCAGAAAAAUGGAACAGACUGCUAACAUCACUGGAAGAGCUAAUCAAAUGGCUGAAUGUGAAAGAUGAAGAGCUGAAAAAGCAGAUGCCCAUUGGAGGGGAUGUUCCAUCUUUACAGCAACAGUAUGACCGCUGUAAAGCACUGAGGCGUGAACUGAAGGAUAAAGAGCAAACCAUUCUGAAUGCUGUAGACCAGGCACGAGUUUUCCUUGCCGACCAACCAAUUGAGGGCCCUGAAGAACCAAGAAAAAACCUGCAUUCGAAAACGGAGUUGACCCCAGAGGAGAAAGCACAGAGAAUUGCCAAAGCUAUGCGCAAGCAGUCUUCAGAGGUGAAAGAGAAAUGGGAGAGCCUGAAUGCCAGUGCCAACAACUGGCAGAAGCAAGUGGACAAAGCAUUAGAGAAACUGAAAGACUUGCAGUGUGCCAUGGACGACCUUGAUGCUGACUUGAAAGAGGCUGAGAAUGUGCGAAAUGGCUGGAAACCAGUAGGAGAUUUACUGAUUGACUCAUUGCAGGAUCAUAUUGAGAAAACUACAGCUUUCAGAGAAGAGAUUGCACCAAUCAACUUGAAAGUUAAAACAGUGAAUGAUUUAUCUAGUCAGCUGUCUCCACUUGACCUUCAUCCAUCUUUAAAGAUGUCUCGCCAGCUGGAUGACCUUAAUAUGCGCUGGAAACUUUUACAGGUAUCUGUGGAGGAUCGCCUUAAACUUCUACAGGAAGCACACCAGGAUUUUGGCCCUGAAUCUCAACAUUUUCUCUCCACUUCAGUUCAGCUUCCAUGGCAGAGAUCUGUUUCACAUAACAAAGUGCCCUAUUACAUCAAUCACCAGACACAAACAACCUGUUGGGAUCAUCCUAAAAUGUCUGAACUCUUCCAGUCCCUAGCUGACUUGAACAACGUACGUUUCUCUGCAUACCGUACAGCCAUCAAAAUCCGAAGAUUGCAAAAAGCAUUAUGCUUGGACCUAUUGGAUUUGACCAGAACAAAUGAAGUUUUCAAAGAGCACAAGUUGAGCCAAAACGACCAGCUCCUCUGUGUCCAGGAUGUGAUCAGUUGUCUCACUACUAUUUACACUGGACUUGAAGAGAAGCACAAGGACCUGGUGAAUGUUCCCCUCUGUGUAGAUAUGUCUCUCAACUGGCUGCUCAACGUGUAUGACACGGGGCGGACUGGAAAAAUCAGAGUGCAGUCCCUGAAGAUUGGGUUGAUGUCUCUUUCCAAGGGUCUUCUAGAAGAAAAGUACAGUUAUCUCUUUAAGGAAGUGGCAGGGCCUACGGAAAUGUGUGACCAGAGGCAGCUUGGCCUUCUGCUUCAUGAUGCCAUCCAGAUCCCCCGGCAGCUUGGAGAAGUAGCAGCUUUUGGUGGCAGUAAUAUUGAACCCAGUGUCCGUAGUUGCUUCCAGCAGAAUCACAAUAAGCCAGAAAUUAGCGUAAAGCAGUUUAUAGACUGGAUGCGUUUGGAGCCGCAGUCUAUGGUAUGGCUACCGGUUCUGCACCGAGUGGCAGCUGCAGAAACAGCAAAACACCAGGCCAAGUGCAACAUCUGCAAGGAAUGUCCAAUUGUUGGCUUUAGGUACCGGAGCCUGAAACAUUUCAACUAUGAUGUCUGCCAGAGCUGUUUCUUUUCUGGCCGUACAGCUAAGGGCCAUAAAUUAAAUUACCCAAUGGUGGAGUAUUGUAUACCUACAACAUCUGGAGAAGAUGUACGUGACUUCACUAAGGUGCUGAAGAACAAGUUCCGGUCAAAGAAGUAUUUUGCUAAGCACCCACGACUUGGCUACCUUCCUGUGCAAACAGUUCUUGAAGGCGAUAACUUGGAGGCUCCUAUCACACUCAUCAGUAUGUGGCCAGAGCAAUAUGAUCCCUCCCAGUCUCCACAGCUAUUUCAUGAUGACACACACUCCAGGAUAGAGCAGUAUGCCACCAGGCUGGCUCAAAUGGAAAGGACCAAUGGCUCCUUAUUGAUGGAUAGCAGCUCCACCACAGGAAGUGUAGAGGAUGAACAUGCCCUCAUCCAGCAGUACUGUCAAACUCUGGGAGGAGAAUCACCUGUGAGUCAACCGCAGAGUCCUGCACAAAUCCUGAAGUCAGUGGAAAAGGAAGAACGAGGGGAGUUGGAGCGCAUCAUUGCCGACCUCGAGGAAGAGCAAAGGAGCCUCCAGGUGGAAUACGAGCAGCUAAAGGAACAGCAUCUUCAGAGAGGAAUAAACCCUCUUGCCUCCCCUCCAGACUCCAUUGUAUCUCCCCAGCACACUUCUGAAGAUGCUGAGCUCAUUGCUGAGGCCAAACUCCUAAGGCAGCACAAAGGUCGUUUGGAGGCCAGAAUGCAAAUAUUGGAAGAUCACAAUAAACAGCUGGAGUCUCAGCUUCACCGGCUACGACAGCUGCUUGAGCAGCCUGAAUCGGAUUCCAGAGUUAAUGGAGUCUCUUCCUGUGCUUCACCCCAGUAUUCUGCUCACAGCUACUCAUUUGAUCAGGACGCCAGCUCACAGUUUCAUCAGACGGAUGACUUGUUAGGCCCACCUCAUGAUACAAGCACAGAUCUAACAGAUGUUAUGGAACAAAUCAACAGCGCGUUUCCUACUUGCUGCUCAAGUCUCACUGGCAGACCGCAGGCAAUGUGAAGUACUCAUUUGGAAGGCAACCAACACUCCCUGACCUACAGUAUGGCCCUUUUCUACAAAUGCCAAUCACAAGUUCUGCUUAGUCAGAAGACUGCAUGGGACCGUGGAACAUGCUGUUCAGCUCUGAUUGUGUGUUCUACUUGAAAUAGUAAAACACUGAAUACCCAAAGAUGAGGAAGUUGUGUUUUUAUAUUAUGUUCUUUUUUUCUUCUUCUUUUUCUUCCCUUUCUAUGCAACUGUAAAUUAAUGAAUAGUGCAGUAUUUGGAAAUGAUUAUACAUUUGUCAUUGAUUUGUAUAAAUAUAUAGCAUUGGGAAAGGGGGCGGGGGCUUUAUAUACAUUCUUUUUAAUAACAGUAAAGAGAACUGCAUAGAGUUUGGAGUAAAAUGUUACAUUUAUACAUUCCUUUCAGUUCUUUGCAUUUACAUUGCUGAAACAUUUAUUUUCUGACACGCUUGCUGUUCUGUACAGGUUAUUUAUAAUUGUGUCAGUCAUCUAACCAGAUAGAUUUCUGAAGACCCUUCAGUUGUUUCCAAGAUUGGCAAAAUAACAAGUUCACAUAACUUGCACAAUUAUUAUUUAACAAAAAAAAUCACAUUGGCAACACGUGAAGGCUAAGCUCCAUUUAACAAUUGUAGACCCUCUUUUAAAAUUACAAUAAUAAGUGCUAUGCACCAAAAGGGCAUUUCUAGAUUUUAUGUUGUCUAAUAGGGUUUUUUGUUUUUAGGAUUUAUUUCAACUCAGAAAUCAGGCGAUAGCUACAUAAGGACUUAACAAUAUUUUAAGUUGUUUUAAUAAGAUCUCUCUAACGAAAUGCAGUUUUAUUUUCCCCCAGAGACAAAGCUUUGUGGUUCCAAGUUGUGCCGAACAUUUUUUUUAAAGCCUUGAUUCUCCAGUUUGGAAAGUAAAGACCAGUUACUAGGGAUCUUAUACGUAAGAUCUGAAUGUACACACACUUCUUUUUUAUUAUUCCUUUUGGAAAUAUCUAAUAAAUUAAGAAGCCUUCUCCAGUAAUAUCAAGGCUGGAGCAUUUUCUUUAAACCAGUUCAGGGCACCUGGGCAUUUUCAUUCAGUCUUGCUCUUUAUUUUUGAAAAGCUAAUUUGUUGUUCAUUUAUUUAUGUGCUUAAGGUAGGGAUAAUUUUGGGAAGGUUGUGUCACUGAUUUAUGAUAUUCAAAUUAGCAAUCGGGUGAUGGGUUCUUCUGCCUUCACUGUUGAGUUUACAGUGUUGCAUGGACACUUGCUUUAAUUUUAGAACACAUAUUUGAUUGGUAAAUGGCAUGCAAUAAUCAAUUUUCAGAUAUAAUGAGAGGAAACAAAUUCGUAUCCUAAAAUGUUGUUGAAGAAAAAUCUCUGGUCUUGAAAAAACCUACAAAUUGGGUAAUUCUAGAGGUUAUGCAGGUAAAACAUCAGGAUUUGUUAAUACCUGAUUAUCUUUAUGAGGUUGUGCCUAUCAGAAUGUCCUAUAUUCAUAAUUUUCACUCACCAGUGUAUGCUUAAGGCAUGGUCUGAGCACAGGUUCUAAUCCCGACUCUGAUAUGGAUUCUAUCUGAAGCCGUGGGCAAGGAAUGUAACCAUUCUGCCUCAAUUUCCCCAUCUGUAAAAUGGGAUGAUAAUACGUACCUACCUCUCAGAGGUGUUGAGGCUUAAUUAGCUAGUGUCUAUAAAGUGCUUUGAAGAUUAAAAGUGCUAUAUAAAUAAGUAUUAUUAUUUUUGGAUGGGGGAAUGGAGGAAUUGUCAAGGUGGGAAGGGGAGAGACUGGCUGUUAUAGGAUUCCUUCAUCUAGGAAAAAUUAUAUUUUAGUAGAGUUAUUUUGAGAAGGAAAAUAGUUUUACAGGAGAUUAAAAGCCAUGACCGCCUUUCUACCUCAGACCCAUCUUUGUGAGUAGUAUUGAAAAUAGCUUUAUGCUCUGUUCUCUCCAAGAUAUUUUGUUUUUACCAGGCCACAUCAUAUCAAAGCAAGAAAUCCUUUUUAAAAAUUCCCUGAAUUGAAAAGGUCUCAGUAGUCAAUUUGGUGGCUUUUUUGUUCUAACUGUGAAAGGUUAUGUAUAAAAUUGUUUUUCUGCCUGUGUGUGUAUGCAAGCUAUGUCCUCUACUCUGCUGCCAAGUAAAAGCUACUUAAAACACUACAUUGUAACAUUCUUCCUCUGAGACAAUAAUAAAUAAAAGGAAUAUAUUGCAGUAACAUUGAGAAAAAUGUAUGGCGUUCUUUUGAGUUUUGUGGUAGAGAAUGAUC